AUGACGAACAGCGCCACCACAAAGAUUGUCAGUUCAGUCAUAUUGGGAGUCGUUGCGCUUGGCGGGACCAUCCUCUCAAAGUACACGGCCAGCUUGUCAACGAAGUUGAUGCGUGUAUGCAAUGCUGGAGCAGGGGGCGUGCUUCUCGCCGUGGUCCUUGUGCACAUGCUCAGUGAGAGCGCUGAAGAAUUGACUUCAGCUGGUGAGUCGAUCUUUCAGUUCUUCGAACCAGAAGGAGGCGACUCUUUCCCCCUGCGCUUUGCUCUCUGUGGCCUGGGGUUCCUUGCGAACUUGAGCAUGGAAGUGUUCAUUCCCGACAAGCACGACUAUGAGGGCCACUCAGAGGAAGAAUCAGAGAGUGAAAGCCACAGCGAAAUGGAACAUGCACACAUUAAAGUCGACCACCGGCAGUCUUGCAUUGGUGGAUUUGCUGCUCUGUUGGGUCUUUACCUACACUCGUUGAUAGAGGGGACUGCCGCGGGCGCACAGCCAGAUGUUGCUAAUUUCGACUCCACAUUCAUUGCCAUUAUCGCGCACAAGGGCUUUGCCGCCUUUUCUGCUGGCUCGCUCAUGCUUGGUGCAGUGUCAAACCCAACUUGGUGGAUCUUGAUGGUGAUCCUCGCGUUGAUGACGCCGGUGGGCGUCUUGAUAGGAAUGAAGCUGGAGGAGAGUUUUGAAGGUCCGGUAGCCUCCGGCCUCGUUUGCUUUACCUCUGGCUGCCUUCU